CAGUUCAGUUCUCAUACCACCACCAUCACCACCACCUUCUUACAAAACUCUUUAACUGAAACUAACCUAUCUCUCAACCCGCCGGCUGCUUUCCGGCAACUCAAACAACCAGAAAGGAAAUCAAUUAUGGCGGCCACACUAAUGGCAGCAACCGCCAGCUCCAGCACUGUCCUUAGACCAACCCCGUUUCUGGGCCAGACACGAGGAUCCAACGCUACCUCACUUAGAGAAGUUGUCUCUAUGGGCACAGGGAAGUUCACCAUGGGAAAUGAAUUAUGGUAUGGACCGGACCGUGUGAAGUAUUUAGGACCCUUCUCUGCUCAGACUCCUUCAUACCUCACCGGGGAAUUUCCUGGUGACUAUGGAUGGGAUACUGCCGGAUUAUCAGCCGAUCCUGAGGCCUUUGCCAGGAACAGGGCUCUUGAGGUAAUCCAUGGGAGAUGGGCAAUGUUGGGGGCACUCGGGUGCAUCACUCCGGAAGUGCUUGAGAAAUGGGUGAGAGUGGACUUCAAGGAACCAAUUUGGUUCAAAGCUGGAGCUCAGAUCUUCUCAGAAGGAGGGCUUGACUAUUUGGGAAACCCAAACCUUGUUCAUGCUCAGAGCAUCUUGGCAGUGCUGGGAUUCCAAGUAUUGCUCAUGGGACUUGUGGAAGGCUUCCGCAUCAAUGGCCUUGAAGGUGUGGGUGAGGGAAACAAUCUCUACCCUGGUGGAACCUACUUUGACCCCUUGGGACUUGCUGAUGAUCCAGUCGCCUUCGCCGAGCUCAAAGUGAAGGAGAUCAAGAAUGGUCGGCUUGCCAUGUUCUCCAUGUUUGGGUUCUUUGUCCAAGCCAUUGUCACUGGCAAAGGCCCACUAGAAAACCUGUUGGAUCACCUUGACAACCCUGUGGCCAACAAUGCCUGGGUCUAUGCCACCAAGUUUGUGCCAGGAUCCUAGAUUAAUUAUGUCAUUUACUCACUCAGCUCCCUAUUCUUUUAUGAAAAUGAACGAUCAGUGUCUAUCUACGCUAUCAAUUAUCAUGGUAAGUGAUAGGAUUUGAAGAAUGAUCUUGUUAACUCAUCUGUAUCAGUAAGAAACUAAGAAUGGAUAUAUUUUGUAAAAAUUAUGGAUUUG